AGUCUCAUAUCUUCUUUUUAUGCCUGGGUUUGAUUUAUAUUGCCAAUGAAACAGGCAUAUGGAUCUAGAGGCAUCGUCAUUUGGCACAGAGCCGUUAGGGGAUGCAGCCCGUGAAGAUGCCAUAGAUGGGUUGUCAUCUUCAUUGUCUAGGAAGAGAGGUCCUACGCGAGGUCGAGAAUUAAAUGAGAAGACUUCAUUGAAGAGGGUCAUUACGACUAAUGAAUUUGGGCAACCAAAUGCGGGGGAUAUAAAUCAAGUUACAUUCAAUUCAUGCAUUGGUGUUCUCACCCGCACCCACAUCCCGAUCACAUACACAGACUUUCGCCAGGUGCCUCCGGAGCACCUUCAGAGGGUCAUUGAAAGCUUGGAGUGUAGUUAUGAUUUUCAGAAUAACCAACAUGCGAUGACAACUUACGUUCGUGAACGUGUGAAUACCUCUUGGAGAAAUUACAAGAACCAGUUGCAUUUAAAGUAUGUUAAGGACAAGGAUCUUGCAGCUGUGAAGUCAUCUCCAGCCCCUGUUGGUGUGCCUAUAGAGGAUUGGAUACUCUUUGUGGAUCAACGUAAUACAAAUGAAUUUAAGGAAUUAAGUGCAAGAAAUGCAUCCAAUCGGGCCAAACAAGUUGGCCCUUCUACACUUGGGCAGCGUAGCAUGGCUGUUAUACGCUAUCAGAUGGUACAUGUCUUAAAAUAUAUAUCUUACUAUAUUUAUGAUGAUUAUUUAAAAUUAUUAGUCAUUUAA